UUCUUCAUGCUUGUUUCUGGAAACACAUUGCCGCUCCUUUCAUUUUCCCAGCCCCUUCCAGGGGAAUGUAAGACGUAAUUGCUGUAAACGCUAAUGAUCUUUUCUGUUACUCAGAGAUACAAUAGAAACAAGACCUUUUAACCCACUUGCACAACACUAUAAUCUUCCGAAGGGACAUCACUUUUUUUUCUUUGACACAAUAGCUCAGGGGCUUGGCUUUGUACAUUUAAUUGAACCAUUUAGAUGCAAUCAUGUUAGUACUAACAAGGGUGGACUCUCCAUAAAGUCACUUACAGUAACUGUUAUCAAUGACGUCUGGACUGGACAUGACAUCAUACAAAUUUGUCAAAACAAAAAAGGUAUCAGGAAGGCAGGAAAUUCCCAAUGUCCUCCUUACAUGGCUGUAAUGGUAACCUUAGUUUCUACAUGAACUUUAUUGCUGUUCUCGCUUUACCUGUUGUGUACAAAUGUACCAAUCUAGUUGUACUGUAGUUGUGUCCUUCCUUGAGGGUGGUCUUCUGUAUGCCGAAUGUCGGGAUCCCGGCACACAGUAUACCGGCGCCGGAAUCCCGACACCCGGCAUACCGACAAGUAUUCUCCCUCGUGGGGGUCCACGACCCCCUGGAGGGAGAAUAAAAUAGCGUAGCGCGCCACCGUGCCCGUAGCGUGGCGAGCGCAGCGAGCCCGCAAGGGGCUCCUUUGCGCUCGCCACGCUGUCGGUAUGCCGGUGGUCGGGCUCCCGGCGCCGGUAUGCUGGUCGCCGGGAGACGAUCGCCGGCAUACCAUACUACACCCUUCCUUGAUCCUGGCUGUUCAUCUCCUCUCCAUGCCACAGCACACAUGAUUCCUAUAGACAUUCAGUGGCUGUUAUUGCCCCUCUCAUUGUACUCAAUUGCAGAAAAUGAAGUUAGUGCUUACCCAUUUGUGUAGUAUAUUCAGAAAUUAAUGAUUAAUUAACAGCAGAUAUGUAUUAAAACAAUUUAUUACAGUUCAUUAUUAUUAUUAUUAUUAUUUUCAUAUGUCUGUCCUAUUCAGGCAGAACUUGGAUGGAUCUGUCUUUCGGUGAAAAUGUUUUUUACAAGGCGUCAACUGGACGGUGACAGCGUGAUUGUAUGGAACUAACCUGACUUGUGGGAGCAUCAUAGGAGUUUUGUGGGCAUGUAUCAAAAGCUCCAUGCGAUUCUGAGUCGUGCAUAAGGGGAAGGGAUGGAUCUUUUGCUUCUAGCAUGGGGCUGGUGCAGAUGCCAACAUUAACCAUGAUGGUUGUGGCAGUGGGCAUAAAAUGAGCAGUCCGGCUUUCUGCUUGUGGACACAUGGGUCCUUGCAUAAGCUGAGCAGAGUGUUGCAUUGGUAUAAGGUAGGAAGCCUGGCUUCCACAGCUGCCGACUACUAUAGUCACUUUGUGUGUGACUCAGAAUCAGCCACAGAUACACAUCUAUAUGCACAAAUAUAUAUAAAGUGCUGGUAGAAUAAAGGCGCUAAAUGUAGUAUGUGGUACAGAUAUGAACCUUUAAUAAAAUAAGCCGAUAGGUUUCCAUAAAUGUGGAAAAAAUCUUUGUAAUACAUGUGAUCACACAAAUAGGAAAACAACUGAAUUUGUUUUACAUUGUAGAUCUACUUUUGCUAUCUAUGAUACUAUGUGGUUUUGGCAAGCAACAUAUAGGAAGGACAACACAUAUGUUGCACACCAGGUUUAUGGAGCAUUGGCAAAACAUUAAUAAGGAAAUGAAAACACUUCCCUUGUCUAGCCAUAUUUCACAAAGUAAUGUAGCCCAUACACUUAUGAGAUAUCAGGUACUAUCCUUCAAUUUCGAUCGCAGCUGUGAGAUAAAUCGAAGGAUUGUAUGCACAUUUUAGGUACUUUGCGACGUGAUGCCGGUCGAAUCUCACGUCUCAAGAUAGUUUGUGCUGCACUUAAUACUUAUCGAAUCGCGGUGCGAUCGCAUGUUGUUUUUUACCACUUUCGAUUUAUUACAAUGCGAUGUGCGAUAUGUGAAGACAUGAGCCGACUUCCUGGCCACUCCUCUUCCCCACCACUGCGCACAUGACUGGAGAGGAGGCUGCAAGCACACUGCUGAGCUCCCAAACAGCGGACAAGAAGUCCUAUGAGAGCCGUAAUUUCCUAUUGGGCUUUAGCAGCCUGUACCAUGAGUACAGCAACAAACAGAAGAGGGAGGCUGCUUAUAACAGCCUAGUGUAGUACUCGAAGCCCACCUUCUUGCUGCCUCGCUGGCCUGGGUCUGGAAGAAAAGUGCCAAUAUACGGACAGUCUAUGUAAAAGAGAACCGCAAGGUGGAGGAGUCCAAGAGGUCAGGGGCCGGUGCAGACAAGGUGUAUGUGCCACAGCUGUGGUACUACAAAGAACUAAACUUCCUCCUGGAGAAACGGUCAACUAAGAAGUCCCUAGUGGUGAUGGCAGAGUCCGAGGAGGGAAGUCUGGAUGUGGAGGAGGCCGAAGGGAAAUUCCCAGCACAAAACCUGCACCCGUUUCCUGGGUGGAAGCUGCUCAUGUAACGCCCACAUGCACAGUGUCUGCACCAGAAUAUAAGGAUGCAUAUAUCUGGACAUUCACAUGAACAUCCUCUCAUCCAACACAGAGUAAGACAUCGCUGAAGAAACAGUUCACAUCAUUUAUAAGAGAUCUGAAGUGAAGAUGAUUUCUACAGCUGUUAAAAGCACAAAGAGCCUUCACCAACUAUCAAGGCACAUUCACAAGUCAGCUGCAAAAGUGGCUGUGGAAAACCAGUUAGAAGAAUCCGUCACCAACAGUUUUGCCUCAUUCAUCCAUGAGAUCCGCUCCGAUCACCUCUCUGAUAUUGUGCGGCACAGAAGUAAGCGCAUGAUCCUGGACAGCAUUGGGGUCGGACUGGUUGGCAGCACAACUCAUGUCUUCAAUAUCGUGGUGAAAUACUGCCAGGAUCUAUACUUUUCAACAUCUGGAAAUUCUGCCCUUUGUUCAGUCUAUGGACAGAAAGGUUUAAAGCUCUCUCCAACCCUGGCUGCCUAUGCCAAUGGAGUUGCUGCUCACUCCAUGGACUUUGAUGACACGUGGCACCCUGCCACACACCCUUCUGGUGCCGUGCUUCCUGCCAUCCUGGCACUGUCACAGAUACUUUCACAAGGCAGAGAGAUCAGUGGUGAGGAACUGCUGACGGCUUUCAAUGUGGGGAUUGAAAUACAAGGAAGACUUAUGGGUUUCUCCAGCGAAGCAAAGAGCAUUCCUAAAAAAUUUCAUCCACCAUCUGUGGUUGGCACCAUGGGAAGUGCUGCAGCAUCAGCCAAACUCCUCUCAUUAGAUAAAGAUCAAUGCACUCAUGCUCUGGCGAUUGCAGCCUCCCUUGCUGGUGCUCCUAUGGCAAAUGCUGCCACCCUGGCUAAACCCCUGCACAUUGGCAAUGCCACAAGGUUAGGUCUGGAAGCUGCUAUACUGGCUGCUAAGGGAAUGGAGGCCAAUACUCUCAUACUUGAUGAUGUGCCCGGCUGCGCUGGGUUUAGUGCAUUUUAUGGCGAUUACCAGCCUACAUCAUUAUCUCCACCAGGAAAACAUUAUGAAUUUCUCCUUGAGAAGCAAGACAUUGCAUUCAAGUCUUUUCCUGCACAUCUAGGAAUGCACUGGGUCGCUGAUGCUGCUGUCUCAGUUAGGAAUAGAGUUGUCCAACAAUAUGGCUCAUUUGAUCCAUCCACUAUUCAGUCUAUUGUUCUUAGAGUCCCAGUAUCCAAAUACAUUAACAGGCCCCAUCCAGACUCAGAGCACCAGGCUCGCCACUCUUUCCAGUUCAAUGCCUGCACCGCACUCCUGGAUGGUGAAGUCAACAUCCGCUCCUUCCAUGAAGACACCAUGUUUCGUACAGAACUCCACAAUCUCCUGAGCAAAGUGGUGGUGGAACAUCCUCGAGAUAAUGAAGCCAACUUUGACAAGAUGUAUGCAGAGGUGGCUGUGCUGCUGAGAAAUGGGGAUCUGGUGACCGGGAAAUGUGACACUUUUUAUGGGCAUUGGAGAAAACCACUGAGUCAGGAAUCACUGCUGAAGAAAUUCACCUCCAAUGCCAGACAUGUCUUGCAGGAGAACCAGGUGCAAGGUGUAAUACAGAUAGUAGACAAUCUAGAGAGUGUCAAAGACAGCUCCCUACUGCCAUUGCUACUUCAGUAACUCACAUAAGUAUUCCUCUUACUCUGUUUACAACAAUCCUAAGGCGGGACUUUAGGGUGAUAUUUAUUAAUCAGUGUAUAGUAUUUAUAAAAGAUCUAUAUUUCUUAUCGGAUGUAUGACAAAAAUUAUGCUGUUUUAAGAGCUACAAUAUGUCACAUACAGCUCAAAAAACUAAAAUAGUUGUAUAUUGAAAGAGCGUCAUUAUUAAUUUGCUAUAAUAUUUUUGAAGGUGGGCAUCAUCAUCCUCUGGUCUAUAAUAGUCCGAUGUGUCUGGUUAGGUUUGGCAAAUUCUAGAUGAUAUUGAGGACUUACAUUUCAUGGUGAAGCCAAGUCCUUUCCCAUCAGACACCCUAGUGCACAUGUGACAUACCCUCCCUCAGUUGCUCAGUUAUAUAAGUGUGCUAGAAUAUAUUGUGCAUUAAGAUGUACUAUUAGGUGUAAUCAUUUCAUGACGUCAAUAAAUCAUGAGACGCCAGGUGUCACGUGCCUCACUUAUCUUACUGGAUCCUAGUGAAUUAAUAAUCUGAAUAUUGCUUAGGCUGACUAAAUGAUUGCCUCUACUGAGUGUAGGAUGACAAAUGGUGGGUUAUACUGUUUCUCCUGACCAUUUACAGGCACCCUAUUAUACACUUGUUAAAUAAUUAUUUAUUUUUCUUUUUUAACACAUAGAUUUGAUUAAACUGUUGUUGUUUUUUGUUAAGAAUAUUUUAAUAUAUUUAUAUUUUAGUGUACUUAUAGGUGCCUAUUUAGAAGUGUCCACAUAUGAAAUGCAGAUGUUGAAUUAUUUACAAAUGUAAUAUACUUUAGAAUAUGAAUCAAAUCUGCUGACUGUGUUUCCUAUGAUACAAAUACUUUAUGUUUUGUACAUUAAAUUGUGUUUGAAAAAUAA